AUGCUUUUACCACCCCGCAAGAACCGGACCCUGUACCCGCCGCUGCUGCUUUUGCAGCUGCAGCUGCCCCCAGCGGGUGCCUGGGGCACCGAAGGGGCAGAUGGGAGCAGCAGGGAGCUCCUGGGGCCCGCGCAGAUAGUCACUGCCAGCCUCCUGUCGCUUCUCAUCCUUUGGACCUUGUUGGGGAAUGUGUUGGUUUGUGUGGCCAUCAUCCGAUACAGACAUCUGCGCUCCAAGAUGACCAACAUCUUUAUUGUGUCUUUGGCCAUCUCUGACCUCUUCGUCGCCCUCCUAGUCAUGCCCUGGAAAGCUGUAGCAGAGGUGGCCGGUUACUGGCCCUUUGGGGCCUUCUGUAAUGUCUGGGUGGCCUUUGACAUCAUGUGCUCUACUGCCUCCAUCCUGAACCUGUGCGUCAUCAGCGUGGACCGCUACUGGGCCAUCUCCAGCCCCUUCCGCUAUGAGCGGAAGAUGACCCAGAGGGUGGCCUUGAUCAUGAUCAGUGCAGCCUGGGCCUUGUCCAUUCUCAUCUCUUUCAUCCCUGUGCAGCUCAACUGGCAUAAAGAUCAGGAGGGGUUUCCUAGAAACCAGUCUCCUCCAUCCUCUUUCACCAAUGGGACGCCAUGGGGAGAGGACUCGGAGGAACUGGUGGCCGAGGGAGCCGAGAACUGCGACUCUAGUCUCAACAGGACUUAUGCCAUCUCCUCCUCCUUGAUUAGUUUCUACAUCCCGGUGGCCAUCAUGAUCGUGACCUACACGAGGAUUUACCGCAUUGCCCAGGUGCAGAUACGGAGGAUUUCCUCCUUGGAGAGGGCUGCGGAGCAUGCCCAGAGCUGCCGGGGCAACCGAAUGGACUGCCAGCAACACAACAGUCUCAAGACCUCGAUUAAGAAGGAGACCAAAGUCCUAAAGACACUGUCUGUGAUCAUGGGGGUCUUUGUCUGCUGCUGGCUACCGUUCUUCAUUCUGAACUGCAUGGUUCCUUUCUGCGACCACCCCGGAGACCCCAAAGCUGGCUUUCCCUGUGUGAGUGAGACAACCUUUGACAUUUUUGUCUGGUUUGGGUGGGCCAACUCAUCCCUCAACCCUAUCAUCUAUGCCUUCAAUGCUGACUUUCGCAAGGUAUUUGCCAACCUUCUGGGGUGCAGUCAAUUCUGUGCUGGAACCCCAGUGGAGACAGUGAACAUUAGCAAUGAGCUCAUCUCCUACAACCAGGACACAGUAUUCCACAAAGAGAUUGCCACUGCCUACGUCAACAUGAUCCCUAAUGUGGUUGACUCUGUAAGUGGAAAUGAUGAUGGUCCCUUUGACAGGAUGUCUCAGAUUUCCCAAACUUCCCCAAACCAUGAUCCUGCAACUGAUUCAAUGUGUGAGCUGGACUGUGAGGGGGAGAUUUCACUGGGCAAAAUAACACCCUUCACCCCAAAUGGUUUACAUUAA